UGUUUAUAAUGGGUAUUGGGGAAAUUUCUUCAUGGAAAGGGCUGUCCAGCCCCGGCACAGCUGCCCAGGGCAGAGGUGGAGUCCCCAUCCCUGGAGGGGUUUAAAAGCCUUGUGGAUGUGGCACUUGGGUCAGUGGUGGCCUUGGCAUUGCCAGGGGGAUGGUUGAACUCGAUGAUCUUGGGGGGCUUUUCCAGCCUUUAUAUGAUUCUGUAUCUCCUGGCCUGCUGUCUCUCACCCCCCUGCAAGGACCUUGGAGUGCUCAGGUGUGGGUUUGACCCAGGGUCAGACCCCUUGGCUCUGCUGGUGGCCACAGGACAGCUCAUGUGGUUGCAUCUGGGCCACAUCCCACUGUUCACCUUUGCUGUUCUGACAAAAGUUGUGAAAUUAGUUCGUCCUGGGUCCCUGCCUUCAUUUUUCGGUCCCCUUACACAUUUUAAGUGACGUCCAUUUUUGCUGAUGCUCUGUGGCAUCUCAGGGAAAGGCUGAGGGUUUCCAGCAGGAAUGGGUGGAUCUGGAAGAUUUUAGGCGUUUUAUGAACGGGGACUAAGCACAUUGUAGGAUUUUUCUGCUAAAAUGAGCAGCAGUGAAAACAAAAUUGACUGUGAUGACACUUAAGAGUUAAACUUUAUAUUUCAGUCUGUUAAAAUGAAUGAGGUGGGAUACACAGCCAGUCGUGGAUUUGGGAAUACAAGCCCCGCUAACAUAAGAAUAGUUGCUCAGUUGGUCUUCAGCUAUCAAGAUAUUUUGUACAGCCUUAAAAUCAUAUCAGAAUCUUCCCUGCAGCAGCCAAAGGGCAGAUGAUGUUCUUAGGUGUCCCGUCCCUCCAGGGUCCCUGCCAUGGUGCUCAAGGUGUUCUUCCCGUCGUGCUGCUCCUCGGCAGACAGCGGCAUCCUGGUGGGCCGCUGGCUGGCACAGCAGAGCUCUGCAGUGGUCCUGGCCGUGGUGCACUUCCCCUUCAUCCCCGUGCAGGUCAAGCAGUACCUUGGGGAAGUCCAGCGCGUGACCAGAGUCAGCCUCUCUGUGCUCGGCUCCUGGAGCAACAGCAAGCAGGAGAAGGAGGAGGGUCUGAGUGAGUUCUUGGAAGACCUUGGGACCAUAUUCUCCCAUGAGCCUUGGAUUCAGAUAAGCAAAGAGGGAGACAGCAAGUUCUGGAGCUGCUCUGCCCUUCAGAAACGCUCCAGCAGCCCUAAGGAGGAAGAAGUCAUCUUGGUGUACUAUGACCAGCGCAAGGUCAUGCUCUCCCAUCUGCACCCCCCUCUGGACACAGCUGAUGGGAGGGCAGAGGAUGCCUCCAAGCUCUCUGCCAUCUUCGACACCGUGGCCAGGAGCAGGGUGCUGUUCAUGACAGACAGGUACGACGAGGGGCCCAUCAAGCUGACCCACUGGCAGUCGGAGGGGGUCGAGGCCAGUAUCAUCGUGGAGCUGCUCAAACAGGCCUCUGUGCCUGCCUGCAUGCUCCUCACAUUCCUGCUCUCACUGGUCUCUGGGAUCUGCAGGAGCAGGGUGCUGAAGUUUUGGCCCUUGUCUUUCUUAUGGAGCAAACUCUCAACUUGUGAGCAGCUGGGACAUCGCCUGCAGCAUCUCCAGGUCAUCAGCAGCGACAAGAAGGCUCAAACCCAGACUCAGCUGAUGAGGAAAGCCAACAUCUUUGUCUCUCUGCUGAUUGAUGUGGCUCUGGGGAUCCUGCUGAUGUCCUGGCUCUACAGGAAGAACCGAAUUGGUCACCUUGCUGACACUCUCAUCCCCGUGGCUGACAGCGUAGCUGAGGAGCUCCAGGACCUGCUCCAGUGGCUGAUGGGAGCCCCAGCUGGACUGAAAAUGAACCGAGCUCUGGAUCAGGUUCUGGGCCGCUUCUUCCUCUACCACAUCCAUCUCUGGAUUAGCUACAUCCACCUGAUGUCUCCCUUCAUCGAGAUGAUCCUGUGGUACGUGGGGCUGUCCGCCUGCCUGGGCCUCACUGUGGCUCUGUGCAUCCUCUCCGACAUCAUCGCGCUCCUCACCUUCCACAUCUACUGCUUCUACGUCUACGGGGCCAGGCUCUACUGCCUCAAGAUCUACGGGCUGUCGUCCCUGUGGCGCCUGUUCCGGGGGAAGAAGUGGAACGUGCUCCGCCAGCGGGUGGACUCCUGCUCCUAUGACCUGGACCAGUUAUUUAUUGGCACUUUGCUGUUCACCAUCCUGCUGUUCCUCCUGCCUACAACUGCACUGUAUUAUUUGGUGUUUACCCUGCUCCGAUUACUGGUGGUGAUUGUGCAAGGCCUCAUCCACUUGCUGGUUGACCUGAUUGACUCUCUGCCCCUUUAUUCCCUGCUCCUUCGGCUCUGCAGAUCCUACAGGCUCGCAGCUGGAGUGAAGUUCAGAGUCCUGGAGCAGCAGGAUGGGAAACCUCUGCGGCUCCUCAUGCAGAUCAACCCUCUCUCCUAUGGUGCUGUUGUACAGACAUACAGGCUGCCCACCUACAGCUGUUAUCCCAAGGACUCCUGGGCAUCUCUCUGCAAGAAGCUGUUCCUUGGAGAGCUGAUCUACCCUUGGAAACACAAAGGAGAGAAGCAGGACUAAAGACAGUGAAGGAGCUGGAGAACUUGGCCAGAAAAACACACUGAAUCCUGAUGCUUUAGGACCAAAGGCUUCUUGGAGCCAGCAGCUGCUGUUAGCCCUUUAAAUAGAUUUUGGUAACGUGAGAGGGGCUGAAUUUUUAAAGGCAAGUAUUUUUAAUCGUUAUUUUUCAACUGUCCUCUUCCCUUACACUGUGUUUGUGUAAUAUGCUAAUGAUUAUUUUGGAAGGAAAAGGUUAACCCCGUCAGUGCCUCAGGAAACCAGCCCUCAGUGUCACAAAGGUUUGGGGGUGAAUGUCUCCUGCCAUGCUGGCUCACAGGGCCAUCCCCUGGGGAGGUUCAGAGCCACAGUGCUGAGGUGCAUUUGGCUAAAGGGUGUUUUGGACAUUUUAUGCCUCAGCCUUCCAGCUGGUCAAACACAGGGUGGAGGAUUGUCUUGUGAAGUCACACACUGAACAGCAGCUUGUGUGGGUUCAGAGAAUAUGUAUUCUCUUCCCUUUGGGAGGGUUUGGAUUCAGCCCCGCUGCAGCACCAGAGGUGUUCAGCACAGACACAGGGUGCUUGUGUGGUCUCACCUGCAUUGUUUUCCAAAGCAAACAGUGCUGGGGGGAGAGCUGAGCCCUGGGCUGACACGAGCUGAGCACAGAGCCCAGAGCCUCAGACUGAGCCUGAGAUGAGCUCAGUUGGUUAAACCUUGGUGCUAAUAAAGCCAAGGUCACAGGUUCAGUCCCCUGUGUGGGCCAUUCCGUGAUGCUCGUGGGUCCCUUCCAGCUCAGAGCAUUCUGUGGUUCUGGGGCUGCCCAGGUGUGUGCCCUGAGCCCUGGCACAGAGAGCUGGGGGCUCUGCCAAGGUUCAGGGCUCUCCAGUCCCAGUGGAGGCUCACAGCUCUGCUGGGGGGCUCAGCCCAGCUCCUUGCCCAGCUCAGCCAGCUCAGGGCAGCCUGGGCUGCACCCCCAGUUUCCAGGGCCCUGGUGAGACCCUCAUCAAGGACUCCCUCAUUUUGCACUUCCUGACAGUCAAGGAGCUUUUAAAAUCUUGGGUGUGAGGCAUUUAAAGCCACUCUUUUCCCUGAAACUAUAGGUCUAGUGGAAGCUGUCCCUGCCCAUGGCAGGGGGUGGAACGAGAUGAGCUUUAAGGUCCCUUCCAACCCAAACCGUUCUGUGAUUCCAUGAUUUCUCUAAGGGGAGAUUUCCUGCUUUGAAUCCACCUCCACAGUACAGCAGUGCUCUGUUUCUCGUGUCCUGGUCUCAUUUUGACGUGUCUCCUGUUCUCUGUCUUGGAAGGAGUGGCUCUGUGCACAGGAGGGUUGUGUCCCUCUGGAUACUCUGUAGUUGUGUAGGCAUUUACACGCAGUCCUUACCCAGAAUAUCCUUCCUCCAGCUCUGCUGGCUGCUGUGGCCCAGCUCAAACAAGGGUGCAGUGUCCCUGGACCCUGCUUUGCACACCCAAGGUGGCUCUGUUAACUGGCAGAUGAGGGGUGUGCUGGUCCUGCCCCCUUUUCUUCUGGCUGUCCAAGGAACCAAGGAUGGAGGACGAGGAGGAGGAGGAUGUGCUGUGGCUCAGCCCUUCUCUGGAGGGCUGCCUGUGUAUCCCAGCGGGAAUUAUGGAGGCAAGGCAAGUGCCCUGGGCUUCGGGAGCCUUCACUCAGCACUUGCAGGGGCAGGAUAAGAGUUUGCUGCCCCGUGUGCUGGAGGCUGUCACAGGAGAGGCAGGUUACGACCCCACUGCCUUAAGACAACCCUGGCCAGAUAUAUUUGGGUUGUCUGGAGCUGCUAAAAGCCUGUCAUGGUGCAUCCACUGCCUGUCCAGUCACAGCCUGAUCAGGAGGAAAGGAAGCUCUGCAGGCUGGUGCUUGGUCCAGACAUUCCUUAGCGGGCAAAUCUCCAAGGCCUUCCAGGUUUCUUGGGGACAUCAUGAAGAGAGGAAGGGCUGUGUGGCCCCUGCUCCCAAAGGAUGUCCUGUUACCCCAUCCAGGGCACCUCACUGAAGAAAGCCAGCAUGGCAAAACCCCCCAUCAGCAUCUGCCACUGCAGGCUCUGGGUGGGACAUCCCUGCCUGCAGAAACUGGAGGGAUCUGGUUCCUCCCUGAUGAUCCCUGCUGAAAACUCCUGUACAAAUGCAGCAUCUUCUUCUCUUGGAAUACCAACUGCCCAGGUAUUUCUCACUCCAGGGGGGAAUAACUCCAGGCAGUGAUGCCUUUAGUGGAUGAAUGGUCUGAGUAAUGUUUCUCACUUCAGCUGAAGUCAGUGCUGGAGUCCCAUCCUCACCUGGCUCUCAGCAGAGCAGGUUUACAUGUUACUUCCCUCUCAUCUUUCCACUGGAGCUACUAAAUGAUAUCCCUGGUUCCUCCCAGGCCUGCACAGUUCAGCUCACCGACUGCUGUGAGAAACUUGGUUAUUUUUGGUCUUGUGGAAACAACGUUCCUGGCUUUUAAAAUCUUCCUGUGAGACCAGACAGUUCAUGAUGGUCUUAGUUGGGAUUGUCCUUUGGGAUCAAGUGACCUGAAAGCCCCGGAGACAGCACAGAGCCAUGAAAAGCAGCAAAUGUGACCUUCCUUUUGGGAACCUGCCAGAUGUGUUUGAUGUUCCAGUGUUGGGUUUGUUUACUAAAGGCUGAUGCUGCCUCUGGGGAUGGGGAAAUACCAAACUGAGAGAAAGCUCCUCCUCAGACCUGAGAUCCUGAAUCUUCUGAGACACAGAGAGCCCUGAGCACCCAGCUGGGCAGUGGCAGCUCCUUGGGGGUGCAGUUCUCCUGUGUCACCCAGAACUGCUGCCCUAGCUGUCCCACUGCUGCCCCCCUGGGUGCACUCCUCUCCUGUGGUGGUAUCUGAGCAUCUGAGUUCCUUGGGCUGGAUCUUUGCCACGUCUCUCCUCUUCCUUUCCAAUCCCUGCUGUGGAACAAGUCUUCCCCCACCCUUUUCCGACUCUGUGCACAGACAUUACAACAGCUCAGCAGACAUCCUGCUCAGGAACACUUGACCUUAUGUCAUCCCCCUAAUUAGAAGUUGGGAUCAGCAUCAUCUUCCACAGCAGCACAGACUGGCCCAGUGCUGGCAUUUCCUCAGGGAAGAGGCUGCUGGUGAGGUUCUGGCUCUGAUUUCUCCUCAGAUCCGUGUUUUCCAUGUCAGCCCUUGGAUGAGAAGUAGUUAAAGGUUUUCAGAUCUCCCAUUCCUACCAAACCCCCUUAGAGCAGGCACAAGGAGGCUUUGCCAACCAUCAGUCAGACUCUGAUCUUGCAGAGUUUUUUUAAUACUGCAUUUUCUAGCUAUUAUUUCUCCCACCCUGUGGUUCCCAGUGCUGGCACAAACCCCCUCUGUACUUAGGCAGGCGGUUUGUGAGGGAAAACGUGAUUCAUUGUGUGCAAAACUCCAUCCUAGAUAGAAAUUCUGCCUUGGAGAAAUCCUUUCCUUUCCUCACCAGCACAGCAUGUGACGAUGCUGAAAGGAAACCUCAGUAAUUGCACUGCACUGAAGGCUCUGGUUGUGGGUUUGGGAGUUUUCCCUGAUCCUGCAGCUGGACUGGGCCCCAUUCAGACCCACACAAAGGGGGUUCCACACGUGUAUAACCCGUAGGUUGACUUUCAGGAGCAUAAGGCAGGGAAAUCUCCUGUGUUGUCAUCCUGCAGACCACCAGCUGCUUUCCUUCUGGCCUGUGCUGCCUCAUCCUGCUGUCCCAACACCAACUUCUUGCUUAACUCGAGCCCUCAGGGAUUUACUGUCUGUCCUUAGACCUGCUGGUUGCAGCAGCCACUGGUGGGGUUGGGAGGGACCUCAGGGUCCCCUGGUCCAGCCCCGCUGCUCACGCAGGGCCACCCAAAGCUGUUGCCCAGGACUGUGCCCACAUGCCCUUGGGAUAUCUCCAAGGGUGGCAACUCCACCCCCUCCCUGGACAACCUGUGCAGUGCUUGGUCACCCUCAGAGUGAGAAGCUCUUCAGCCAGGGUUUGAUGUGUUCCAGUUCGUGCCCAUCGCCUUUUGUCCUGUUGUGCCAAGCGUGGAGACCCCAUAACCCAGAUCUCUGCAGUGACUGAGAACAUCUGCAGUCCUGUUCCACCUCUGUUCCUGCCCCCCCCUAUUCAGGGACUGUCCAGCAGCCCCUUUGCCUCUUGGGGGGGUGUCCAAGCCCUCUGGUUUAGGGUGCCCAUGCACUGACUCAGGUACCUGACCUGCUCCUCGCCUGCUGCUCUGCACUUGCUGAGAGCACUUGCAGUGCAGCCCCACUGCUGCUGUGCUGAGCACAGAGGGCUGGGCACACACCCCCAGCCUGGCAGUGCCCACGGGUCGGGAGCAGCUCUGUGUGGAGCCCUGAGGCUCUGCAGGGUGAGUGUGCUGUGAACACAGAUGGGAUGGGUCUGGAUCCCCCACGUGACAGGAGGCCAUGGGGCUUUCCAGCUGCAUCAGGAGCUUUUGGGGGCAGGAUAAAAAUGUUCAGAGCAAUCCAAACCUCACGUGGGCAGCUGAUUUGUGUUCCUGGAUGAGAACAGUGUGCCCAUCACCUUUGCAUCUGGCUCAGCAUUUUCCAUGAGCAGUUGCUCAAGAGUCUGUUGCCUUUGACUCCCAGCUGGCACCUCCAGUCCUUACCCACGCCAAGGCCUCAAACCAGGAAUGCUCUAACUCCCCAUUUACUGCCUCAGCAAGCCAAAUACAAGGAGGAUCCCUGUGCUGCUGGAUGCUGGAGGUGACAGAACAUACUCCCUGCAUUCCCAGAGGCAGGGGAGGUGCUGGCUGUGCUGCUUGAGGGGAGCAGCAGAGCUGGGGCCCCGCUCUGUGCUCGCUCAGGGCAGGGAGAGGCAGCAGCACCUCUCCCAUCCACAGUGUUAUUCAACCUCUGGCACUGGGGAAAUUCGUGAGAACUUCACAACUCUUGGAAUCCAUCCUCCUGCUUCCAGUGUUUCCUGGUUUAAAGUGUCAUGAAAGAGCACUGAAUCACUGACAGUUGCACUGAAACUGUGUGUUUGUGAGUGAAGUUUGAGAGGAAGUUUGAUCACUGCUUAAAAACCACUGGUACAUUUUCUCCUCCUCUCACAUGAACCUUCAGCAGGAGCGAAGUGUGACACAGUUUGCUUUAAAUGUCACCACUAACCCCAGCUAAGGUGACUUCCUUCCCACCCUGGUGCUGAUGUGAAACGCAGCCUGGUGAUGUGAAACACAGACUGGGCCAGUGCACCAGGCCAGGAACAAGCCCUGCCUGAGGAAUCAGACUGGCUUCAGUGCUCAUGGCAGCUCUGUUUGUGCAGGCAGAAGUGCUGGGCAGAGCAAUGGCAAUGCCAGCAGGGCAGUGACAGGGGCAGCAGUGCCAGUGGCAGCCGGUCCCUGCACAGCUGGGACCAGGGAUGCUCUGCACAUACCACUCACAGGUGCUUCUGUGGGAGAGUUUAGGGAUGGAGAGCUCUGUUCUGCUGACAGGUGUGGGGUUUUUUGGUUAGUUAAACCUUUUAAUCAGAACUUAAAUGGAUUUUGAUUACACUCUAAUAAAGAUGUUGGGAGAGAAAAA